AUGAAAACUUUGUCAUCAUUAGUUGUGCUUGCUGUUAUUUUCAUUGACUUUCUGCACUUUUGGAUACCUUCGGCGAAUGCAACUACAGUCUCAGCGGAGCUAUGCACACCCCAACAAACACAUAUCUCCUUUGGGCGUUCAGCAGAAGAGAUGACAAUAAUGUGGUCCACAAAAGGCUCCUGUAGCUCUCUGGUCAAAUAUGGAAGUGGCCCAUUCAAACUUGCCCUCUCCGCAUCCGGGGACAGCAGGCUGCUCGUGCCUGCACACAACACAAGUGAACAGCAGUUUAUUCAUAAUGUUCUUUUGAAGGACUUGUUACCAGGGACUGUGUAUUUCUACAUGCCUGUCAGUGAUGACGUCAGUGCAGGGCCCUACUUCUUCCAGACUCCACACAAUUUGAAUGAAGGCACAAAAUUAAUGGUCUUCAGUGACGUGAGUACGUCGUCACCCUUCAUGAAGACACUUGUCAAAGAGGCCCUUACAGGGGAGUAUUCAGCUCUGCUGCAUCUGGGGAAUAUUGCUAUGAAUAUGAGCAGUGAGCAUGGAUCGAAUGGAGACCACUACAUGACAUCAAUUGAACAAGCUGUUAGAACCGUACCCUAUUUGACUGCUCCUGGACCCAGUGAAAUAGAAGAUGGUAGUUAUUCAAACUACCUUCUCAGAUUUGCAGUGUCUCAGGAAUGGCCAAUGAAGCUUGACAAACUGUGGUACAGUAUUGACAUUGGAGCUGUCCAUUUGAUAAGCUAUUCAACUGAAGUGUUUUAUUCUGGUGAUGGAAAAUAUGCCACUUUACAACAUGAUUGGCUGAUUAAAGACCUGAAACUAGCCAAUGGGAAUAGGGAUGAAGUUCCAUGGAUAAUUGCCUUUGGCCACAGACCCAUGUACUGCACGUGUGAAGACCCAAAACUGACCUGCAACUCCAAAGUCACGAAAAGUAGUCCUGAGAGAACUGAACUCGAGGACAUAUUUUACCACUACGGUGUAGACAUGGUCCUUGAAUCAUAUGGUGCUGCUUAUGAACGUUCAUUUCCGAUGUACAAAGGUGUUCAAGUGACUGACAAUUAUACCAACCCUCUGGGACCAGUCCACAUAGUAUGUGGAGGCGCAUCUCCAUGGACAAUAGAACACAAUUUUACAACGCCAGCGCCUUCGUGGUCAGCCUUCCGCUACAUCAAUGAGUCAGUGCUAUCAUUUGGACGUCUUCACAUCGUUAAUGCAACACUUCUGACAUACGAGCAGAUCAAUGCAACAGAUGGAUCUGUCAUUGAUUCCUUUGACAUUUUCCAAGAGAAACAUGGUCAGUUUUCAACUUCUAAACUACCUCCAAACAUUUCAGCCGAAAUUGACAAAGAACGCAUUGAUGCGGGGGGAAAACCAGGAGUUCUGAACAUUGAAGAAAUAGGAACAACCGACACUAAGACUCGACUCUCUGAGCUGUUACAAGGGGACAAUCGAGUUCGCCUCAUCAUUGGUGUCAGCUGUGGAGCUUUCGCUGUUGUUGCCAUUAUCACGAUUAUCUUAAUCAAGACAAUUAGGAAGAAAAAGAAAGUGACAAGACGAUGGGAACAAAUGGAUAUCAACUAUGGCAAGAAGUUUUACAGUAAAGCGCCAGAGAAAGAUGAAGACAAUGAUUUUGAAAUUGAUAUGAGUGAUGGCACUGAACCAUCAAGAAAGUUACUAAAUGCCGAUGAUUGA